AAAGCCAGAGUUCAGCGUAGUUUCUGGGCGUCGUGAUGCAUCUAAAUUGUGUUUCUAAUGCCAAAGGACCAACUGUGGGGAGCGAAAUGGAGCUAAGUUAACUAUUACCAUACUCACUAACUGCAUUCCGGCCUUGAAAGUGAACAUUUGAAGAAGAUUGUUCUUUUCUUUCCGUCGCAGCAACAGACAAAGUUGGCGCAUGGAAAGAGACGAAGUUUUCCAUUUUCGUUGCGUUUGUUGUUUGUUCCUGUCGUCUCUGUGUUACUUGUUGCAUCAAAGACCAAAUUUCACAUCGUGUUCUAGUCAGUUCGUUAAUAUCUCUAGUUAAGUGCUGUUUGGAUUAAGGGACAACUUGAGGCAUUACAUCGCGCAGCUGAGAUGGUGGACAGUAAACCUCUGCUCCAGGACAGACCCCCCGCCUAUAACGCUGUCCCAGGGGUCUACGAGUAUGGCCCACCGCCACAGCAGAGCUACGGGGCCAUUCCUGCCGCCAUCCCUCCACCGUACCAGUACCCCGAGGGGAGCCAAGGAUACCCCUCGGCCCAGGCGGCCCCUGCUGUGUCUCAGCAGCCCUACACCGGAACGUACGCCAUUAUUCAGCCCUCUGUGGUGGUGGUAGGCGGCUGUCCGGCCUGCAGAGUGGGCGUACUGGAAGAUGACUUCACAUGCCUGGGCAUCCUGUGCGCCAUCUUCUUCUUUCCCCUGGGCAUCCUGUUCUGUUUUGCACUGCGCCAGAGAAGGUGCCCCAACUGUGGGGCCACUUUUGGUUAGAAGGACCAAAUAAUUUCUAACACGCUUUUGCUCAUGUUUCAAUCCACACAGUUAUACGUGUCUUCAUUUUGUAAUCUCUGUACUUAGCUGCCAUUGUUAUUUACAACAUACUAUAUUGAAUUAUAAAAUUUUUGAGCAUGUUAUGGUAUCAUCAUUUGCUAGAGAUUAUAUCUAGCAAUAGCCAAUGUUAGUGCCUUCAUAUCAUGCAGAUUAUCAGAAAUUCCACUUGUUGCCAGUUGGUUUGUAGGUUUAGUUGAGUUUAGGAUGAACAGAUUGCACUUGUUGUAUAUCAUAUACCUAAUAUUUUGGUAAAUGUUGAUUUCCGUUUGUGCUGUCUUUAUUGUAUGGAGUUUUGUCUUAAUUGCAUACAUUUUGCCAUUGGAUUAUUUUCAGAAGGCUAACACAAAUAUUAGUCAUAUAGCAGAAGAUUAUCUUUGUAUAGGAACUUUCCUAAAUGAUAGGAUUUACAGGAAUACCAUUUAUGUGUAAAUAUUUGUAUAUUUUUAUUGUUCUAGGGGGCCAUAUUUGCACUGAUCAUUUGACAAAUAAUCUGCUAGAUUGUGCUUUUCCAGGGCCAAUGCAGACCUCAGGAACAUACAAUCUGACAAGCUCUCAACUUCUACAGCCAAUCACUGUUGGACUUUUUCUGAAGAACUUCAUUUCUAAAAGCAGCCUCCUCAUCUGAGGCGUGGAGGAGAAUCACUGCACGUGAAUUAUGUGAACUUUUUUCUGAUCAGACAAUCAACUGAGUCUGUCCCUGUGUUUGCAUUUUUUUUCUGUAGUUAAUGUCUUCCAUCAUUAUUAAAUAUUAUGAAGCUGUCUAGAAAUGAGGGCAAGAAUUGUAACUUAGAGCACUGCACAUGCUGUUCAAAAUUCUUUUAUAUACAACUCACUGUAAUUAAAGAUUGCUGCUCAAA